AUGGAACCGAAACAGGAGCGUUAUAAUUCACAGGAUCCCAAUGACCCAUUUUUCAGUGAUAAAAUUAUUAUCAGAUGAAUUAAUAGAGACGGUUGAACCUUUAAAACUUUAUACGGAAUAUGUAUGAAAUGUGGUCAGCGAAGAAGCUAUUAUCGGUGGUGUAUAUUAUGUGAACGAAAGCAAAGCGAAGAUAAUUUUAAAAAUUGGACUAGCGGAAAUAAUGAUAUUGACGUAUUCAUUAAACAUUCACAGUUUUAUUCAAGCGGCCCCCAAACUUUUCUAGAAUGGAUUCCCUUUAACAGGCUUGAGAAUAUAAAAUAUUUAAGUAAAGCAUCAAGAAGUACAGUGUAUUCAGCUAUUUGGAAGGAUGGGCCGAGAAUUUUAUGGAAUCAUCAAAAUCAAGAGUACAAGAGGUCUAAAACUCAAGUUCUCGUCAAAUUGUAUCAUGAGGAUCAAGUUAAUGAAAUUUUGAAUGAGCUCAAAAUAUAUUUAGAUUGUUACGCACGAGAUUGUGCUUUGCUAAUUCAAUUUUAUGGAAUAUCUCAACAUCCUGAUCAUAAAGCAUAUCUUCUUAUUAAACAAUAUGCUCAGAAUGAUUCAUUGCACAAUUACAUUUUGUACAACUUUAAAAGUUUGGAUUGGGAAAUAAAAUUACAUUUACUUCUUUAUCUUGCCGAAGAUUUAAAGGCAUUGCAUAAUUCUGGUUAUGUUCAUAGAAAUUUAAAUCCACCUAAUGUGUUGGUAUUCGAAAAUGGAUUGUGUGCAAUAGGAUCAUAUUCAAAAUGUCGUAAGGAUUUAUCUUCGCCGAACGCAGAGGAGAUAUUUGGAUGGCAACGUUAUAUGGCACCAGAAUUUUUACGUUAUAAACCUUAUACAAAGGCUAGCGAUAUUUAUUCAUUUGGAAUGAUAAUGUACACUGUUGGAACCGGAAUGAUUCCUUAUAAUCAGUCUCAUGAUGUUCAAUAUUUAACUCUUGAUGUUUGUUUAGGAUUAAGACCAAAAAUACCAGUUAAUAUACCAGAAAGUUUCUCGGAAUUAGUGAUAAGAUGUUGGAAUAAUGAACCAGAAUCACGUCCUAAUAUUCAUGAAAUACAUAAUACUUUAAUGAACUGGUGGUCAUCCAUUUAUAAUAAAUGCCCAAAUUCAACUUGUUUAGAAUUUCUUGCCGCAAAUGAUAGGGAUCAUAUUAAUUUAAAAUCUCAAAAAAUUAUACAACAAAAACCAGAAAAUGACAAACCAUUAAUACUUCCGGAUUUAAAGAAUUUAGAACCGUUAGAAUUAAUCAAAUUUAUUAUAAGUAAUCAUUUUGUUAAAUAUAUUAAUAGGGAUGAAUUAUCAACAACUAUGGAACAUAUUGGUAGUGGUCAUUUUGGGACUAUUUCAAAAACUAUAUGGAAAAAAACAAACGAUAGAGUUGUCUGUAAAAGAUUAAAAAAUAUUGAAUCAAUUAAUAAUAAAUUAGUUGAAGCAUUUCUUCAUGAAUUAAGCAUGCAUAGAAGGUUAGAUUUUUGCUCAAGAAUAAUACGUAUAUUAGGAAUAAGUUUUGAUGAGACUACUGAAGAAUAUUUAUUUGUAAUGCAAUAUGCUGAUGGUGGGGAUUUACGUAAUUAUCUUCAACAAAAUUUUUCAAGAUUAAAAUGGGAAGAUAAAAUUAGAUUAGCUCAUCAAAUUACAGAAGGAAUAAAUUAUCUUCAUGAGGAAAAUAUUCUUCAUAGAGAUUUACAUUCUAAAAAUAUAGUAAUACAUCAAGGUGAAGCUAAAAUUAUUGACCUUGGCAUUGCAAAGAGCACAGAAACCGAAACAAAUCUUCAUCCUGGUGUAUUUGGAAUGAUUUCGUACAUUGAUCCUAAACUUUUAGAAAAUUGUUCUUAUAAAUAUGAUAAAAAAUCCGAUAUUUAUAGUUUAGGAGUUCUUAUGUGGGAAUUAUCUAGUGGUUGUCCUCCUUUUAAUAAUGAGGAUUUAAUACUUUUGAGAAUCAAUUUAAUAUGUGGUGCAAGAGAAGAUCCUAUUCCUGAUAUGCCCAUUGAAUAUUUAAACUUAUAUAAAUCAUGUUGGGAUAAUAUACCAGAUUUAAGACCAUCAAUUAAGCAAGUUUUCAAUAAAUUAGAUAAAAUGUUAAAUUUUCCAAAUGAUAAUAAUGAUCAUUUAAUUUUGCAAGAUUCUAUAAAUAAAUCAGAAAUUGAGCAAUCUGAAGAUUUAACAAUAAAAGAAGUUUUUUGA